UGGAGUCCUUGUCCUUGCUUUGAGCCUGCUAUUUGCCCCUUGUCUUUGACAAACCUCUGAACUCCCUCUCUAGGCCUGGUCUAGUCCUUCUAGUCCACUUUUGCCUCUUUACUGUUUUGAUUUUUGGAAGGUCCUCUUGACCAACGAUCUCAUACCUGACGGGUUCGCCAUGUCGGCUGCCCCGGGCCUUCUGCGCCAGGAGCUGUCCUGCCCGCUGUGCCUGCAGCUGUUCGAGGCUCCGGUGACGGCCGAGUGCGGACACAGCUUCUGCCGCGCCUGCCUGGGCCGCGCGGGAGGGGAGCCCGCGGCCGACGGCUCGGUGCCGUGUCCCAGCUGUCAGGCGCCCACGCGGCCGCAGGCGCUGAGCACCAACCAGCAGCUGGCGCGCCUGGUGGAGGGGCUGGCGCAGGUGCCCCAGGGCCUCUGCGAGGAGCACCGGGACCCGCUGAGCAUCUACUGCGAGCAGGACCGCGCGCUCGUGUGCGGCGUCUGCGCCUCGCUCGGCGCGCACCGCGGCCACCGCCUGCUGCCCGCCGCCGAGGCCCACACGCGCCUCAAGAGCCAGCUCCCCCAGCAGAAGCUGCAGUUGCAGGAGGCGUGCAUGCUCAAGGAGAAGAGCGUGUCUGUACUGGAGCAUCAGCUGGCAGAGGUGGAGGAGACAGUGCGUCAGUUCCGGAGGUCAGUUGGGGAACAGCUGGGCAAGAUGCGGGUGUUUCUGGCGGCCCUGGAGGAUUCUUUAGACCAAGAGGCAGAGAGAGUUCGGGGCGAUGCUGCUGUGGCGUUGAAGAGGGAGCUGUCCGCCUUGAAGUCUUACCUGGAGCAGCUGCGGCAGAUGGAGAAGGUGCUGGAGGAGGUGGCCGACAAGCCACAGACCGAAUUCCUCAUGAAAUACUGCUUGGUGACCAGCAGGCUGCAGAAGAUUCUGUCCGAGUCGCCUCCGCCUGCCCGUCUGGACAUCCAGUUGCCAGUCAUCUCAGAUGACUUCAAAUUCCAGGUGUGGAAGAAGAUGUUCCGGGCUCUGAUGCCAGCCCUGGAGGAGCUGACGCUGGACCCCAGCUCUGCGCACCCCAGCCUGGUGGUGUCCCCCUCGGGCCGGCGCGUGCAGUGCGCGGCCGAGCAGAAGGCAGCGGCGGCGGCGGGCGAGGACGAGCGCCGCUUCGACAAGGCGGUGGCGGUGGUGGCGCGGCAGCGGCUGGCGGAGGGCGAGCAUUACUGGGAGGUGGAGGUGGGCGACAAGCCGCGCUGGGCCCUGGGCGUCAUGCUGGCCGACGCCCCGCGGCGGGGCCGGCUGCACGCGGUGCCCUCGCAGGGGCUGUGGCUGCUGGGGCUGCGCGAUGGCAAAGUCCUGGAGGCGCACGUGGAGGCCAAGGAGCCGCGCGCGCUGCGCACCGAGGCGCGCCCGGCGCGCCUGGGCCUCUACCUGAGCUUCCCCGACGGCGUCCUGGCCUUCUACGACGCCGGCGACCCCGACGACCUCCAGCUGCUCUUCGCCUUCCGCGAGCGCCUGCCCGGCCCCGUCUACCCCUUCUUCGACGUGUGCUGGCACGACAAAGGCAAAAACGCCCAGCCGUUGGUGCUCGUGGGGCCUGAGGGCGAGGAGGCCUGACUCCGGGAGGCCGGGAGGCGGGAGGGAGGAGAAGGGGGGCAUUGCCAGGGGUGACCUUGGACGUCCGGGGAUGGGUGCUGGGGAAGGGGCUGGGUGACCUUGAGAACCAAAUCCAAUCCAAAAGGAUGGGAAAAAAUCAAAAGAGUCUGAGACUAGAAGGCCAGAGGAUUGCAGGAGGAAGCAGAGGUCUGUGGGCUGAUGGGAAGCGGGAAGAGGGGCAGGCAUGGCAGGGCUGGAGGGAGGGGCAGAAGUCUGUAGAAUCAACCCCUCCCCCCAUCAAUACUCCCCCCCCCCCCCCACUUCUGGAAGUCUUCCGGCCAGGGCCUGCUAAAGGCAAUCCCUUCAGUGAUCUUGCAUCCAACUGCCUUUUGAUUCUUAUGUUUGCCCAGCCUGAGGCUUGAACUCAGGGACUGCAGGCAUCUCUGAGUGUGUUUGUUUGCUCAGGGCCAGUGCUUUACCACUUUGAGCCACAGCUCCACUACAGGUUUUCCGGUGGCUCAUUGAAGGUAAGCGUCUCACAGACUUUUUUUUUGCCU